AUGCUUUCCGUGUGUCCCCCCAUUGCUGGAGUACCAUUUGUACCUGGCCUUCCUCCAGUUCCAAUGAUGCCCGGAGUACCUGGUAUACCAGCAGUACCAGCCGUACCGGCUGUACCUGCUAUACCGGCUGUGCCGGCCGUGCCGGCCCCUAUACCGGCUGUGCAGCCUAUACCAGUACCAGCCGUACAGCCUAUACCAGUGCCGGCCGUACAGCCUAUACCAGCAGUACAGCCUGUACCGGCCAUAGUACCUGUGCCUGUACCUGUGCCUGUUGCAGGCCUGCCAAACAUACCAGGCCUUCCAAAUAUACCGGGUCUACCAAACAUACCAGGUCUGCCUAAUAUACCAGGACUGAACCAGCCGGCACAACCAAACGCGCCAACACAUACCUAUGUACUGCCAAAACUACCCCAGGCUUCCUUUAAUAUACCGGGUGAAAUCACGGCGCAGCCAAAUGCGCCCCAGCCAAACGCACCCCAGCCAAAUGCGCCUGGGCCUGCUAUACCAGGUCUGCCAAACAUACCAGGUCUCCCUAACAUACCAGGGCUUCCAAACAUACCAGGGAUUCCCGAAGAUACCGGAUCUGCCCAUACC